AGUGUUGAAAUUUUGUGUGGCAGUUUCGACGUGGAUUUAGAGUUUUUCAUAAUUUUUCGCGAAAUUACCCAGUGAUUAAAAUCGUAGAUUAGUUUAUUUGUUCUCCAGGACUUCCAGGAAGCAUUGACAAUGGCUACUGUUGAGCGGAAGGGGACUUUUAAGGUGGAAUACCUGCAGAAGAUCGAGAAGCAGGUGCAGGAAAUGUGGGCUGAGCAGAAGAUUCAUGAGAUUAAUGCUCCGGAAGAGCCAAGAAAGUCCCUGGAUGAGAAGUUUUUCGUCACCUUCCCCUUUCCCUAUAUGAAUGGGCGACUGCAUCUUGGGCAUACGUUCUCCCUGUCAAAGGCAGAAUUUGCCAUUAGGUAUUAUCGUCUGAAGGGAAGGAAUGUUCUCUUCCCAUUUGGGCUCCAUUGCACGGGGAUGCCUAUUAAAGCUUGUGCUGACAAGCUGAAGAGGGAAAUUGAGCAGUAUGGCUGCCCUCCGAAGUUUCCGGAGGCUCAGGAGGAGCAGGAAACUGUGGAGAGGGAUGUUGUCCCGAAGGACAAGAGUAAAGGGAAGAAGAGCAAAGCAGUGGCCAAAUCUGGCUCUGCCAAGUAUCAGUGGCAGAUUAUGCAGAGUCUAGGUCUGUCAGAUGGGGAAAUAUCCAAAUUUGCAGAGUCUGAGCAUUGGCUGGAAUACUUUCCGCCCUUUGCCAUCAAAGAUCUCACGAGAUUUGGCGUUCAUGUGGACUGGAGGAGGACCUUCAUCACGACUGAUGCCAAUCCCUUCUUUGACUCCUUCGUGCGAUGGCAAUUUAACCAUCUCAAGGCUCGCGGGAAGGUGAUGUAUGGGAAGAGGCAUACAAUUUUCUCGCCCAAGGAUGGGCAACCCUGUAUGGAUCACGAUAGAUCCACCGGGGAGGGAGUUGGGCCGCAGGAGUACACUCUGAUUAAGAUGAAAGUCGAGCAGGAGCUAAAGAAAUUGCCCGGAAAUGUUGGAAAAGUCUUCCUUGUGGCUGCAACUCUUCGUCCGGAAACAAUGUACGGCCAGACAAAUUGCUGGCUCCAUCCGGACAUCAAGUACAUAGCCUUCCGGACGUCUGGGGCAGAAGUGUGGAUCUGCACGAGGAGAGCAGCAAGAAAUAUGUCCUAUCAGGGAUUGACGUCAGCCGAGGGAAAAAUUGAGGAAUUGGCUGAAUUUACGGGGCAGGAACUUCUAGGAUUGCCCCUGAGUGCUCCUCUUAGCUUCAACAAGGUCAUCUACACCCUCCCCAUGCUGUCAGUCAAGGAGGACAAGGGCACAGGUGUUGUCACUUCUGUCCCAUCCGAUUCUCCCGAUGACUAUGCAGCUCUGCUGGAUCUGCAGAAAAAAGCCCCAUUCAGGGAGAAAUAUGGCAUCCGGGAUGACAUGGUGCUUCCCUUUGAGCCAAUUCCCAUCAUCGAAGUGCCAACACUGGGCAAAUUGAGUGCAGUGACAGCCUGUGAGAAAUUCAAAGUGGCCAGUCAGAAUGACAGGGAUAAAUUGGUGGAAGCCAAGGAGCUCGUCUACCUCAAAGGAUUCUACGAUGGAAUCCUCUUAGUAGGGGAAUUUACCGGGAAGAAAGUGCAGGAUGUGAAAAAGUGUGUGAAGGAUCAGUUGAUUCAGGCUAAACAGGCUGAAGUGUACUAUGAACCAGAAAAGACUAUAAUGUCACGUUCCGGGGAUGUUUGCGUCGUUGCUCUCUGUGACCAAUGGUACCUCAAUUAUGGUGAAGACACUUGGCGUGAUGUGACCACCAAGCACCUGGAGAAGAUGGAAUUGUUCCAUGAAGAAGUGCGUCGCAAUUUUGAGGCAUGUUUCGAUUGGCUACAUGAGUAUGCCUGUUCGCGAACUUAUGGUUUGGGUACGAAGCUCCCCUGGGACGAGCAAUGGUUGAUUGAAUCUCUCUCUGACUCAACAAUCUACAUGGCUUUCUACACUGUGGUUCACCUUUUGCAAGCUGGUUCCUUCCGUGGUGAACGUCCAAGUCCAUUGGGGAUAGGGGCUGAACAAAUGACAGAAGCUGUGUGGGAUUAUAUUUUCUUUGGGGGUGCUAAAGUGCCAACAGAAUCGGGUAUUGCGAAGGAGCAUUUGGAAUUGAUGCGAAGGGAAUUUCUGUAUUGGUAUCCAAUGGAUUUGAGGGUGUCUGGAAAAGAUCUUAUUCAGAAUCAUCUGACAUUUAUGCUGUACAAUCAUACAGCUAUGUGGCCAGAAGAGCCAAAUAUGUGGCCCCUUGGAAUUCGUGCUAAUGGGCAUCUUUUGCUGAAUUCCAGCAAAAUGUCCAAGUCUGAGGGUAAUUUUCUUACACUGUCAGAUGCCAUUGAGAAAUUUAGUGCAGAUGGGACGAGACUUUGUCUCGCAGAUUCCGGAGAUAGCAUUGAGGAUGCCAAUUUUGUGGAGACUACCGCUGAUGCGGGUAUUCUCAGGCUGUUUACAUUUAUUGAAUGGGUGAAAGAGAUGUUGGCAUCGAAGCCAUUACUCCGCAAAGGAGCCACAACAUGUUUCAAUGAUAGUGUUUUCAUAAGUGAGAUGCAUCUGAAAACCCGCGAAACCGAUAUGAAUUAUCGCAAAAUGCUGUUCAAGGAUGCCCUGAGAACGGGUUUCUUUGAAUUUCAGUCAGCCCGGGACAAAUACCGUGAACUCUGUGGUGCUAAUGGAAUGCACGUGGAUCUUGUGUUCGACUUCAUCGAGCGUCAGGCACUUCUUAUUGCACCAAUUUGUCCACAUGUGGCUGAACAUGUGUGGCAUCUGCUCGAGCAUCCGAAGAGUAUUUUCAUGGCGGCAUGGCCACAAGUGGGAGAAAUCAAUGAGAUUCAGAUAAAGUGCUCGGAAUAUCUCAUGGAAGUGGCUCACACGUUUCGCCUGGCACUCAAGAAUGCCGCUCAGGUGAAGGCAAAAGGUGCAAGAGAUAAAGUGACUGCGGUCGAGAAGCCAACUGAUGGUACCGUGUGGGUGGCUAAAUCCUACCCACCAUGGCAAUCGUGUGUCCUCAACGUGAUGCGUGGAUUGUUUGAGAAGCACAAUAAAUUGCCCGAUAAUAAAACGAUUUCCGUGGAAUUGGGAAAACAAGAGAUUCUCAAGAAGUACAUGAAGAAAGUUAUGCCAUUUGCACAGAUGAUACGUGAGAGAGUUGAAGCGCCCGGAGGUCCACAUAGGAAUGCCCUAUCGAUUACACUGGACUUCAGUGAGAGGGAGGUGCUAGAGAGUAACUUGGAGUAUUUGAAGAACACACUCGAUCUUGACAGUCUCGUUGUGAAAUUUACGGAUGACAAGGAUGCGCCGGAGAAGACAAGGGAGGAAGUUCGUCCGGGAGUUCCGUUCAUUUCGUUCAGUACAAAACCAUCUGUAAUGGUGAGACUGGAGAAUCCAAUUCCGGCCAGUGGACUUUUUACUGUUCACGUGUGCCUUGCCGAUGGGGAUAAUGUCAAAGGGCUCUAUGCCAAAGUAUCCAAGGCUGUCGGAUUGAAAGAUAUAAAAGCCUUGAAAAUUUGGAGAUUUGAAGAUCCUGUUCUUGGGCCGCGUCAGCUGCCAAAGUUCAAUGAUUAUAAGUCAGGUAAGUGUCUCAUUGAGGAGGAUGGUGUUUUGAGUAUUGAUCACCAGAAGAAAGAAAUUACUCUGAAUUCCCUCAACAUUGGAUCUAAUUUGAUUUACGUGGUUGAGUAAAUUUUUCUCCUAAACAGAAUUUCUUCUGCCCACUCUAUUGAAAUAUCAAUAAAAUUUAAUUUAUCAAAA